GCGCUACAGUGUCACGUGACUUCUUUCAGUUUCGAGUGUGUCUUGUUUUGCUGUUUGAAAUGGUUGUGCUAAGAGGAAUACCGUCCGUAUUAACGCCUGAGUUACUGUACGCCCUCGCGAAAAUGGGCCAUGGAGACGAGCUGGUUCUUGCAGAUGCAAAUUUCCCUGUCUCCUCUGUUUGCAAAUCUGGUCCAAUGGAGAUACGAGCUGAUGGUUUGCAUAUUCCAGAGCUUUUGGAAGCAAUAUUGAAGCUUCUUCCUCUUGAUACCUAUGUUUCACAUCCAGCAGUUGUCAUGGAUCGUGUGGAGAGUGACAGGCAGCGGGGUUUGCAAGUGACUGUGUGGCUUCGCUACUCUGAACUUCUGAAACAAGCAGGAUCACAUGGGGAUUUGCAUAAAGUUGAACGGUUUGCUUUCUAUGAGCGUGCCAAGAAAGCUUUUGCUGUGGUGGCAACAGGGUACAGUGUUUUUUUCCCCAUGUCAUGGAUCUGUACCACUUUUAAUUUCUGUUUCAGUGGAUUAAUGGAUUUUUACGUCUCUGACAGGGAGACAGCUCUAUACGGCAACCUCAUCAUCAAGAAAGGAGUCAUUCCUCCCAGUGAACUGUGCUGACCACUGAACUGAGAAUAGUUUCAGAUACCAAAAACUACCAGCCGACCAAAGAAUAUUCUGAUGUUUGCACAGAAUGUAUGUUUUCCUUGUUAGAGACUACAUACUGACAGAGGAACAGAGACAGAUUAAAAAAUGAAUUAAGUUUAUAUUAUACUUACUUUUGCAUGUAAUUAAUUAAUAGUUUGCAGCAUAUUUGAAAUCUGCAGUUAAUGUAAAUGUGAAUCUGAAUGUUAACUGGAAUGAAUGCUUUGAUAAUGACUUUGUUUAGAAAUCAAGCUGGUAGACAUCAGUAGUCCUUAUGCUACAGGUGUCAGCUGGGUGGAAGCAUGAGCUGUUUUCCAAAAUGCCCAAAUAUCUAAGGCAGACGUUUUCUUGUGCAAGCCCCAGUGUUGGUGCUACAGAACUGAUUGGAGAGCAGAUUUUGCACAGCUAAUUGCACCAUACUAACCACAUUAUUCAGGUGUAAAUUUGAAAAAACAUUUAAAUAAACUUGGUUUCACUCUUACUUUGCUUCUAUUUGAAUUCCAGCUGAAAGAACAGCACAGACCAGCAUACAUUUCAACCAGGUCAAGGUGGGAGAUGAUUUGAUCAGUGUUAUGAUUUAUUUAACAAGAACAGGAUCAAUGACCACACACUAUGCUCAUCACCAGUGUUAUCCAAUAGUCACCUGUUUGUUUUUUUUACUCUUAUUUAUCUUUGUGUUUAAAUGUAAUUCAGUUACUCAAAUGAAACUUCACUCAUUCAGACCCUGAUGGAAUGUGUCCAUGGUACAGGUCAUCUUUGUCCUCUUCUGGGCUCAUGUACAUGAGCUUUUCAGAUAGUUUUGCUUCUUCAGCCUUGUCUUGAGUACCUGUUUGAAUUAGCUCCUUAUCCUGGAACAGCUCUCCAACAAGCUUCUCAGGCUCAGCAUGGUACAGCUCAUCCAUAUCCUGCUCAGGCUCCUCAUACAGCCGGGCCUUGACGUACGACUGUAGCUGGAUGUCCUUGUCUAACUUGCCAGCUCUGAGCUCAGAUGGAUGGUAGACCAUGUCUUUGUCCUCUUCGGGCUUGUCGUAUUUCUGCUGGCGAAGUUGUUUGACAGCUUUCCAUAUUAACAUGCCGGGGUCAAUGUCAGCAUCAGUCAGAUCCAGGUCUUCCAGCGGUUCAA